AUGGUCAAUGCAUUGAACAACGUCUCACGCGCCGGCGGCGACUACGUCCCUCCCAAGAGGAAAUACGUCGGCGGUGCUGGCCUUGUCGCGUGUCGCAACGGAAUCGAGCAGGGUUUGGUGGGCGUCAAGACGAGCUGGAAGCGGACGGGCGUGACGGUUUCGUCCGACAUGACGACGGACCGCAGGGGCAGGCCGCAGGCCAACGUGCUUCUCGUGAAUGAUUCCGGUGCCGUCUUCUUCGACUGUAUUGACUGCAACAUGGAGAGGAAAACGGGUGGUUACGUGGCGGGGAUUCUCAGGCCCGUGGUGGAGGAAGUGGGUCCAGAGAACGUUGUUGCGUUCUGCAUGGACGGGGGGUCGAACUAUGCGGUGGCGGUGAAGCACCUUAUACGGGAGUGGCCGCACAUUCAGGAUGUGCCGUGCGCCACUCGCGUAUUGGAUCUUCUCAUGGAAGACGUGGGGAAGAUGCCAUGGGCUAAGCCGGUGGUCGACAAGGGGGGAGAUACCAGCUUCGUCCGCAACCACCAUUGGACCCGAGGGUACCUGCGGACGCCGGAAUUGGUGGAGGGGAAGGUUCUGGAAGCGCUGAAGCCGGCUGGAACCCGAUUCGGGACCAACUACAUAGCCAUAUCCCAGCUGUGUGCGAUGCGCGGCAGCCUCACCAACAUGGUGACGAGCGACCAGUGGAAGGAGUGGGCGGCAGGGGACGGAAGAAAUCAUGCGACGGGUUUAGUGCGCUGA